CGAUAAGAGCAAGUGAAAAUGGCCGGUCGAAGUGUCGUACCGAUAUUUCGAGGCGGCAGAUCAAUUCGAGCUUUCCAAAGAACCUCCAGGCAUACAGUGCAAAAAAGGCCUCUUAGUAAUGGAACCAUUCCACCCCUAAACCAUCCUCUACCGAACAUGCCAGCUCCUCCGCCUGAAAUAGUAAGCGGGACAGAAUGGCAGAGUAGACACGAUCACGUAACUCAUGUCACCACGCUUGAAAAUGGAAUAAAAGUAGCUUCAGAAGAUUCUUUUGGCCAGUUUUCCACAGUUGGUGGUAAGUUAAAAUUAUAGAAAUGAAGCAAUCUUUGAGAUCGCAUUUAAGUGAAAGGGUUUACAGUCCGCUGUCAUAUUUUGGUGUCACACGUGGGAUCGGGAGAGGGGAAAGUUUUUUGUAAUACCGGGUCCAGAUUACAUCACUGAUAAGAUGAAAAAAAAAACAUCAUUUUAGAAAGUUGUGCUCUUUGUUUUUCAAAAAGGGAGCAUAAAUAGAGUGCCGUUCAGAACGUCUAUUCAAAACGAUGCAAUGGGGCUAUGCGGUAUAAUUUUCUCCGCCAGUUCCAAGUGCGCCAGUAUGCAGAGUAUGGUAAGUGGACACACGGACCUUUUUAGAAAAGCUUAUUGCGCUCACCAAAAUCGUAGCAUUGAACGCGGCAGCGUUGGUCCUGAGAUUUGCACCUGACUCACAGGAGCAUUGCAUGAUAUGCCAAAUCUAUCCUAACCUUUCAGUUCUCCCACAUCAUUUCCACAUCCCUUGCUUACACUUUUGCUUUCUCAUCAGUAUGGUGAGGUUAUAUUCGAAUGAAUGGACUUGAAAUUUGUCUGUACUCUUGUUUGUAGCCCUUCUUUUGAGUGAACUGAACGGUAAAGCAUAAUCAUACUAGGCAGGUCCAGGGGGGCAUGCUCCCCCGGGACAAUUUGAAAUUUAGGUCCUCUAAAACAGCUGGAAAUGCGCGUAAAACUCCCAUCCUUCUAAUACCGAGUCUCUUCGCGGGCUAAAAUUGGCUCUGCACGGACAAGAUCUCGUCAAGUUCUGCCAUACUCUGCAGACUGGCAAGUGUGCUCAUCUGUCUCUCCACUUCCCCUCUUCCCUGACCUCACCAACCCAGACAUAACCCAUUUAAUUGAUGAAAAGUUCGCUAGUUUCUGGGGCAGGGGGCGGGGCUACUUGGAUCAAUUUUCACUGAGUAUGUGCUGCUGGCCUCUCAGAACCCUUACCGCAGAAUUUAUAGUCAAUUGUCAAUUUGCCAAUGAAGUCUCUUUGGGCAAAUGUAACUUACUUUGCCACUUUCUGUUUAAAUGCAUCUACCUUAUAAAGCCUAGUAGGUCUGUUAUACUAAAAAAUGAAUUCACACAUUUUCUUUUUUCAAAUUCCUAGAUUUUUCCAAAAAAAUUUCCAAAAAUUUUCUUAUCCCCAAAAUCCUGAAAAUUCUAGUAACUUUUAUGAAAAUGUAAUCUAGUUGUUAAAAUUCGACCCCAUCCAGUGGCACAUCCCCAUUAGCCUAGGAAGUACCCUUCCCAGAAGCUUUGAAGAAGCUAGUUCUGUGGGAAGAGAAAUUUGAUGCAAACAUAACUGACCAGAACUGACUGAUCUGAUGCAUUACUUGGAAUGCAAAUACCUUGUGUAUUUUUAUGAUGCUGAGUUAUAUAUUAUUAUUAUUAUUAUUAUUAUUAUUAUUAUUAUAUUUAUCUAUUUAUUUUUAAUAUUUAUCCAGGGAGCCCACUCACCUUAGCAGUUUUCAGUGGGGCCCUGUAAAUUCUAAAGUUGAUAAUUUCUUUGUGAAAUUCUAAUCUAGCUGUAUGCUUUCCUUUAAAAAUUUUGGCCUUUAAGACUUUUCCCCUCUCAGAAUAACCCUGUGGAGGGUUACCAAUAUUUCUUGGAACUAUGCCAUCAAGGAUAUUGCCCCUUUAAAUUCCUUUAAUGCUUGUUAAAUUGCUAAGAAAAAAGGCAAAAAAUUCGAUGAUAAUAAACCCCACUAUGCUUUGAGUCCUUUAAUAAUGAUGGUCGUUUCAGCAAGGAAUGAUUUUUUAAUUGACUGUCCAUUCUUUUUCAGCAUCCUGGUUUUUGUAAAAACCAUUCUUAUUAAUUCCUGAUCAUGGCAGGUGUAUUGUCAUAAUUAUACUUGUUUGUCAGAUUAAGGUUAUUUCUCCGUGUACGUGAGACUGUCCACUGCCUGAAGGAUCAUUCCCCUCUUGUUAUACUGUAGUGUGCCUGAUAUCCAUCUUAUUUUGAAUGACGUUAACCUUGGUGGCCUAAACAUUUUUAUGACCGGUAUAUGACUGGUUCUGUGAACUACCAAGAUGAGACAAAUCUUGAGUUCUGAUUGGCUACUUAAGGGGCAAGAUGGGACUUCUUGCCUGUUCAAGAUUACCUGCCUUGUACUACAAAAGAGGAUUUUCUUUUGCCCAUAGGAUAAAUCCUUUAUUGACCAGGCCCCAGUUGUUCAAAAGCUGGAUAAUGCUAUCCACUGGAUAAAUCUCUAUCCAUUGGAUAACACAUUGGUUUCUGUAAUACUUAUCAGCUGGAUAGUGAUUUAUACAAUGGGUAGGCUGGAAAAUGGUAUCAUUCUUCUAAGUCUAUAAAAGUGCAAAAACAGAACUUGGCCAACAUCCAGUCAUCUUUACCUUGUGCUUGGUCAUUGAUCUAGUUUCUUUACAGAUUUAACCAAUGAUGAUUCAGAUUUAACUAGGAUUUAACUACAAACACACACCAUUGCCAACUCCUGCACACCUGUACAUCCUAAUUAUCAGAACAGUCAGAACACAUGCUCAAUUAUAAAAACAUGGGGGGUGGGGACAAUAGACCUAAAUAUUUACAUAAUCUAUAGUUACAUGUUACAAGUUACAUGUUACAUGUAAUGCAUAUGGUAUGGCUGGGUUUGGAAUGUUUUUUUGGGGGAUCAUUAUUUUUGUCCAGGGAGGAUUUGUCUUCUUUGGAGUGCAGACAGACUUGUCAGCCAAAUACAAGCAGAGUAAACUCUCUUAGGUGCAGCAUACAAUUAACCAGUUACCCAUCUAAGAAGUGCUCUGACCAUUGUGAAUGUCAUGGUUCAAACGAGGGAAAGAGGUCAGUGAUGAGAGUUUAUGGCUAAUAUGCUCAUGUAAUUGCAUUACAGUUGUCAUUGAUGGUGGUUCAAGAUAUGAAGUAGACUAUCCCUCUGGAUUAUCUCAUUUACUUGAGAAACUCUCAUUUCAGGUAUGGAUCUUUUUGUUAGAUUGUAUUUUUUUAACAACUUUUUCUUACAAGAAUUAUCCUACACAAUGAUUCAUUAACGUUGGUUAUAUUCCUAGCUACACUUGGUUGUAGUCUUGGUUGAUUUAGUUGAUAUUAACAUUAUAUUUUGUCGUGAUAAUGGGGUUUCAUAUCAAAUAUAAACCCUUCCAUGGGGACACUCUUACUUAGCUAACUAUAACAAAAAAUGAAUAUUGCAGAGCACAGUUAAAUUUCAAAGUAAUGAUGAUAUCAUGCAAGAGUUGGAGAAGUAUGGAGGCAUGGCUGACUGCACAUCGUUCAGGUAAUUGAUUUAACAUUUAUUUCCUUAGCAUGCAUUUCUUUUGACUUUUUGAUAGCCUUAUGUUAGUAAAGCUGGAACUAAAAUAAUGCCAGUCUUUUCAGUUUGUUUGACAGUUUAUUGGUCAUGACAGAUAACAUCACCUUUAGGCAGGAUGGAUAGUUUUUUAUACCUUGGUGGUGUUUUAUAUGGACCACCCUCUGUCUUUGAAAGAGCUCAUAGCAGCUCUUUGUGAGAGAAAUUUUAGUUCUCCUCUAGACUAGCUCUACAGUGCUGUGUGUGUAAUGCGCUACCAAAAUCUGCAUGUUUAACGUUAGACUGUUCACAGUCUCCUAUUUUCCCGUAAGAUCAUCAAGAUCGAGCGCUUCAUGUUACGGGCUGUCAUCUUCCAUGAGUGUCAAAACUACUUAGGUGGCAGGGGGAGGUUUGGGAGGAAGUGAGAAAAAUAGAGGGGCUAUAAUAACAUCACUGCAGCUCGCAUUCAGGAGGCGUGGCAGGAAUUUCAUGUCAGUUUAGUUUAUCUCAGAUUCAUAAUCCUUCCUUGCCUUUCCAGGAGGAUUAAGAAGCCAAAAAAUAUGAUCUCUGUAUAAAACAGGUGAUCAUAAAAGAUUGGUUGGGAUUACACUAAACAUUAAAAAUAUUUAGUUAAUUAUGUGUAACCAUAGUGAUAGUGAUCUUUUCAAAUGUGAAGAUGUUUUAGCACAAAAGUUCACCUGAUGUUUGACUGGUUUUUAACAGAGAUGCAAUUAUUUAUGGGGCAUCUUGCUUUACAAGUGGCCUUCCCAUAGUGAUGGAGGUUCUCUCAGAGGGUGUCCUGCAGCCCAAGCUAAUGGAUGAAGAGGUAGAAAAAGCUACUAAUAAGAAUACCAUUAUUAAUUUUAUUCAAAAAACAGGUUGUUCUGAUUGGCACAAAUUUCUUGGCUAAUUGUUUUUUUUAUUUCGCUGCCAAUCACCAAUUAUGCUACAGUGGGACCUCAAUAUAAUGAAGGGCCAAGGAACUGGCAAAACUUAUUAUAACGAGGUUCCGUUAUAUCAAGGGACUUUUCCAUAUAUUUUACUGUCACUGGGGUAAAGAAAAUUAUCUGUAAUACCAAGGACUUUAUUAUAUAGAGGUUCGUUAUCUCAAGGUUCCACUGUAUUAGGGAGCUUAUGAAUCAAUCAAUUCCAGGUGCACCCAUGCCCCCUUCAGGAUAAUUAGCAUUUUUUUUUUCGGCCUUACGUGGCAAAUUCCUGGGGCGAGAGCACUUGAGCUGUCAAAUUCUCUACGGCAAGGACAAAAAAAAGAGGGCAAAUGCCCCAUCCUCAAUCAACACUGCAGCACUUGUCAUUGAUUGCACUGUCAAGUAGUGCAUUUUAAUGUGAUUUUUUUUGUUUUGGUUAACAUAGCACCAUUCUAACAGAGGCUUGACACAUGAUAACGCCACUUCAUGAUUCUUAUCUUAUUAUUGUUGUUUAUCUUUGUUUGAAUACUACGUUGCCCAGUGCACUGUAUUAAAAGUUAUCUGACCUGAAUAGUUUAAUAACAUGAGAAAGUAAAGGAAGUUCCUUGAAUAAGAGAUACGGUUGAUCAUAGUAGAAUUAGAAAUAUCAUCACUGCUAAAUUUAUUUAAAUCCUAGGUCAACAGUAAUUUCAUUCCAUAACCAAAAGAAUGUGUCGAUUCGUGUCGAUAGCUCCUGACUUGUGGCUUGAUAAGCAAUGAAGAAAAGCAGGCAUAAAAUUGAGAAAACAUACCUUUAAAAACUUUAACAAGUAUUUCCCUUUUCAGAUUGGCCGAACUUUGAAUCUGUUUGUGUUUCCAGUAAAAUCCACCAUGUUUACUAUGUUUGGAUAGGGAUGCACGUACGAGCAACGGGAGAACGGGGGUGGCCCGGGGUUGGCAAACGCUGACCCGUGCGGAAAAUGUGCUAAUGCCCCACCCCCCAGGACUGGCAAGGUGGGCAAAUGCCUCACAGUUGCCGGGGGGUGGUAGGGGGGGCAAGGAUGCACCUGGAAUUGACUGAUGCAUUAUUUGAAGACGUUUUUUAGUGACAUUGUUCAAGCUCUAAAACUGAUUUUCUUUGCAACCUGUAUUGAUACGAAUUAUGGCUUCUAGACAAGAGGAAAUUUUGUUAAAUACCAAGCUAGCAAUCGUCCUGGAAAAAGGAGUUUUAAGAUUAUGGAUUGGUUGAUAAAUAAUAAUUUAUUUACUUAAACGUAAAAUUAAUAAUGUUAAAUUUAUACAGAAAAGGAACAGCCUUCUUUGUGGGUUUUUAUAUAUAUAGAUAAUUUUGUUACCCAGUAUUCCGUUUUUCUUUUGUGUGUUUAAUAAAUGUUUUUAUUACUUUUAAUCACAGAUUGAAGAACAAAAAAUGGUUGUCCAGUUUGAACUUGAAAACUUAGAAAUGAGACUUGAUCCAGAACCCGUCCUAACAGACUUAAUCCAUGCUGUGAGUUGAAAGUUUUCAACAUUUAUUUUUUAGUUUGGUAUCUUUUAUAAAAUUUCAUGUACCACGCAGUUUUCUUAAGUAUUUUGCAUCUGAUCCCGUUCAAAAUCGCAGAGUCCACGUUGCUAUUUUAGCACUGAAUUACAAAUUAAGCCCCGAAAAAAACCUUCAGGGCUUAAACGAAAUUCGAACCCAUGACCUCUGUAUUAGCGCUACAGUGCUUUACCAACUGAGCUAAGAAGACCUACAGUGUACUAAAUCCCCUGUUCAGAGACUUUUAAAGUUAAGGUCCUGGAGAUUUCACCUCUGUAGUUAGGACAUCUUCAGUAGGAAUAAACAUUCUAGAGACGAGAGUCAAAUUUAUUAUACCCAGAGGUACAAAGCGUCUUUAUCUUGCUGCCACUCUUUUCUUACUUUUACAGUUGCUUUUUUUUUCUUUAUUUGUAGGCUGCUUUUCGCGACAACAGUCUAGGAUUACCCAAAUUAUGUCCACCAGAGAACAUUGGAAAGUUUAGUUCUUCCAUAUUGCGACACUACUUGAGCAGAUAUUAUCAGCCGUCCAGGAUGGUUAUAGCUGGAGUUAACGUGGAUCAUCAGCAUCUUAUAGACUUGACAAAAACUUUUUUUGUUGAGAGAAAACCUGUUUGGUACAAAGAAGGACAAGAACUAGAAAGUCCUGACCGAUCUAUAGCUCAAUACACUGGAGGUAUUGUCAAGGUACUUAUCGCCGACUAUCAGCCUCCUUAAGAUUUUUGACAAGGGCGACGCCUAUGAAAACGACGCCUUGAGACUGACUUCGUGUCCUUCCAAACUUUUCUGUUGUUUUCAAAAUUUUUUCGGCAAAAAGUUGGGAAACUAAGCUAGAUGUAAGAACGAGGAACGCGUCCGAGCGGGGCAGGACAAUCUGCGAGCCAGGCGUGGAGCCAUAGGAAAAAAUAAAGUUUUAUGAAAUUUUGAGUACAUGAAAAAUUUUUCCUGCGACUGCUGUAGUUCCCUAUUGUGAGGUUUUGCUGCUGGAAUAUUUGCAGAAUUGCGUAGCCUUGGUCUCGCUCUUUUUACUGACUAGGUUUAAACGCUUAUUUUACGGAUUAGGAUUAAAGGCUUUUUAGGGUUAAACACUCAUUUACAACCGUUAUCUUUCAGUUAUUUUUCCCGUAUGGCUGCCUUUUGCGAUUUUGUGUAAUCUUUUCGCAUGGCUUGCUGGCUCGCACUGUAUACAUACGCCUUACCGCUCACGUUCUCAGUUGGUCCGUAGUUGUGCAGCGACAACAAAGAAAUUUACAGAAGAGUGUAAUGCACGUGCAGAGUUCAGUGCCCGCUCUGAUUGUUGUUUUGCUCACUACAUCUCUGGUUUUUCCUCUGUUUUUUUGUUUCCGUCGCCGUCAUAGUUUCGUAAGCUUCUUGAAUUCACAGCGAAAGUUUCACAUGUAAAGUGAAUUCGCGGCCCUUUUUAAUCUUAUUUUAACUCACUUUAUUUUUCUAACGUGGACGAGUUUUUUUAGAGUCUAAUUUGUUGCUAGUUGCAUUCAAGUUCAGAAAGAGAAAGAAAAAAUUGCCAUCGUGCGUUAAUGUUCUCUAAAAAAUGGUACAUCAGGAAAUUCCACGUCGUCGAAGAAAUUCACCCAGAAGUGUAACAAGUGCAUAGUUGUCGCUUUGCUUAUAAAAACUAAUGUUGGUAUGAUGUUCUUAGUGCUUGCCUCGAAAACUCUAUACGUCUUCAGACUCCUUCGGGUUGUUUGUAGAAAUUCUGGUUUUUCCCCUGUUCAUCCUGUAAACAUUAUCCUUAGUCAUGCCAUGAUUUGUGUGAGGGGAUUUUAUUUCCCUGUUAUUUUGUUUCUUUUUCCCUAUAGGAUCACAGAACUGAGCCCCGGAUAAACCCCGGGCCCACACCUCUUCCAGAAUUGGCCCAUCUGUCUAUAGGUGUAGAAACUUGUCACUAUGACGACCCAGAUUUCUUUGCCUUUACUGUUCUUAAUACCCUGUUGGGUGGCGGAGGAUCAUUUUCAGCCGGUGGACCAGGCAAGGGCAUGUACUCUCGUCUUUACUUGAAUGUUUUAAACAGAUACCACUGGAUUUAUUCUGCAACUGCCUAUCACCAUAGUUACGCUGACAGUGGUUUGUUUUGUAUCCAUGGCAGCUGUCAUCCAUCUCAGGUGAGUGUUUUUAGCUUCCAGCUGCAUGUAUGCAGUAUUAAAAAAGCAAAGUAAAAAGCGCUCACGAGUCAAGCAGGACAUAUUGCCGAAUCGUAUCUUCAAAAUAAUACAUGCAAAUUUCACUUCUUUUUACUUCUGUUACUGGUGUUGGUUAAUGUUCGGCCAAACGUCAGCCGACCGUUGGUAAACCAUGGGUGAAAAAGCCGGUAAGGUGUUAGUUAAUUAUCAGUCGACAGUUGGUUAUGGGGAGUUGUUCUUCACAAUUACCAAUUACCAGUAUCGCUACUCCUCCGUGCGGAGCGGAUAUCCUGCAUUGUCCAUCGUAGGGGCACCCUUAGUAGUAUGUCGCCGCUACCAUUUAUACAUCUGAGUGAAGAGGACCACCACUGGAGCAAAGUUCUUGUCUUAGUAAACAACGCGACGACUAGGCUUAAAUUAGGACCUACAGAUCUAAGGUUUUACUUGUUAUAAACAGGCACUCGGUCACCUCUCCUCCAAUGUGAUAAAGAGUUUACUUGUGCCGUAGAUAGUUCCCCUUGAUACGGUUCUUGAAUAGAGGAAUUUUUUCUAAUCAGUCUACGAGUCAGAUUAUAAUCCGGAUACUGCAAUCGAAAAUUUCAUUUCCCGUUUCAUUUAGGAGCAAACAGGAAACAAACCCAUCUUAGAUUACAGUGUGAGUGAUUCUUGCCCUGAAAAGGAUGGCUCAAAUUGGGAUCUAAGUCUAUGUAUAUAUUGUAGUUUUUUUUUUUUACCUGCAUCGUCCCCAGUCGCUCGCGAUCACUUUUUGGGGGAUAUUUGAGUUAAUUAUUAAGGAAAGUGGGGACGAAGGGAGUGAUGGGAAGGGGAGAAAAAGCCUCUUCCUGUCCUUCCCGUCACUCCCCGCUCGCGCUCUACGCUCAUUCCCAUCUUCCUCCUAUUGCGCUUGUUCCCAGCUCUCGCGGUCCCACUGAGCCUUGGGAAGCCUCUGGAGGAUGCAGCAACUUCAUUAGGAUACGUUAUCAUAGCCCCCCCCCCCCCCAAAAAGAAAGAAAACAAAAACAAAAAUUACCUUAGAUAAAAAAAUUAACCACAACAUAUGUAUAUACACAUACACGUGCCGUGUUGACGAACAAAAACCUUUUGCAGAGGGUAUAAGCACAGUUUGCGGCGUCUUUUAAUUACAAGAAUCCAAACAAUCUCGGUUAUUUAAAUCUAAAACUUGAUCAACGAACCCCGCCAAAGUUCUGGAUAGAACUGUACCUCUAUGAAGGGCCAUUUUUCAUGAUAGUGAUUCAGUUGAACUGUUCUGAAUAAAAACAAAGUUUCACCUUGAUUGGUCUCUAGUACUCAGACUCGUUAAGCAUGUUUACAUUAUGGGGAGUGGAAGUAAAAACACGUUUUAAAUUGUCAUACGCAUUUAAAUUACACUGUUUUAAAACUUUGCGUCUUUUACAUUACUUUUUCCAGUUGAGAGACCUGACGCAGGUGAUUGUCAAAGAGUACUUUGCUCUCGUCAACCAUGAUAUAAAUGAGGUUUGUUCGUUCAUAGUCGAGUUACUCGCAGUUCAAUCGUUCAAAACUCUGAACGAACUCAGUAUCAAGAAAUGAUGUGUCGGGUUAAGUGCAAUCUCUCUUUUCUUUAGGUCGAGGUUGCAAGAGCUAAGAAGCAACUCCAAUCUAUGUUGAUGAUGAAUUUAGAAUCAAGAAUUAUUGUAUUUGAGGAUAUAGGAAGGUCAGUGGUAACUUUUCCAUACUAACAAAAUAUUUUCCUUUUAUGUAUUUCAGUCUAAACGAACAUCUUUCCACUGAAAUGCACCGCGCAUCUUUUGUGGCGAUUUGAGUGUGAUAGCUUUUUUGGCUAGGAUUAAUGAACGAUUGGCCUUGUUUCAGUCUCUCUAGAAACUUAGAUGGGUUAACACUCUCAUAAGAGGACGGAUUUGAAGUUUUGAAUUUCUUUGUAGUUGUUGUUUUGCACCAUUUAAAGUUUCAGCAGUCCAAAUUAUGAAAAAAUGAAAAGUUACACAAAAGUAUGGUGGCGAAAACGUCAUGUUUCAAAGUUCAUUUCACGCGUUUUACCACUCCGUUGUAGUCGUGCAACGGCAGCAGAAUAGUGUACAAAAAAGCAUAAAACGCGAGCAGAGAUGUUUUUUUUUUUUGAUAAUCCUUUUAACCGUUCUCGUUGCCACAUUUGUCCUCGUCGUCGUUACUCAAUCUCCCCAAUAUUAAUCUCAAUAACGUGUUCCUGUUAUCUUUUCAAUUUUAAGGCAAGUUCUUGGGCUCGACAAGAGGAAGUCAGCAAAAGAACUUUUCGACAGCAUUGGUUAGUUGUUAAUAUUUCAGUCUCUCCGUUCUCCUUUUGUGUUAUGUUCAUUCAGUCUCCUCUCAUCGUGUUUUCUGUUUGCCCUUAUUUUUUCUUUUUCAGAAAACGUGACGGUUGAUGACAUUAGACGCGUGAGUUCCCGGAUGUUAGCGUCCCGGCCGUCUGUGGCAGCGCUAGGAAACCUGGCCGCCCUCCCCAAAUAUGACGAUAUCCAACGUGCUUUUGCUAACCGUGGAAACUUCAGUGGCGCAUCACGUUUCUUCCGUUUUAAUUAAUGACUCGAUCGACGCGUAAAAUCACAAGCUUAACCCACACAAGCACAACAUGAUCCGGUCAUCUUUUGUCGAUAGCCUGAUAUCCAUGAGUGCUGCUUUUAGUGGUGGAAAGUAUGGAAGGUCUUCUCUCUCUCGCUGUUUCCUGCAUAGGUUACACAAGUGCCAUACGCUCCCAAACUCCAAACUCGCGGGAGUAGCAUAUGAAACGAAGACGCCAAGGAACUCAUCGUAGCAUGCGUAUCCACUUUUGCUGUGUGUAGUAUGGACCUUUUUUGCAGCUUAAGUGGAGGGUCUUGUGAGAAUGGAGUCGAUAGUUCUAGGAGCAAUAGAUCACCAGCGCGUGCAGCAAGUAUUGAACGCAGAAAGAAAGAGAAUGUCCAAUCUAAGAUGUCGGAU